AUGACGACCUCCCAGAAACACCGGGACUUUGUGGCCGAGUCCAUGGGGGAGAAGCCCGUGGGGAGCCUGGCUGGCACUGGGGAAGUGCUGGGCAAGAAGCUCGAGGACAAGGGCUUCGACAAGGCCUAUGUGGUUCUGGGCCAGUUCCUGGUGCUGAAAAAAGACAAAGACCUGUUCCGAGAGUGGCUCAAAGACACGUGCGGGGCCAACGCCAAGCAGUCCUGGGAUUGCUUCGGCUGCCUGCAGGAGUGGUGCAAUGCCUUCUUGUGA